AUGUCGCAAGCGUGCCUAAACUGUGGGGUGACCAAGACGCCCAUCUGGCGCAAGGGCCUGGACAACCGUGUGGUGUGCAAUGCCUGCGGGCUGUACUUUCGCAACCAUGGCAAGUCCCGCCCCAUGGACGUCAUUGCCGGCAAGCGCUCUCGCUCGGCUAUAACCAGUGGCGGCAUGAGCCGGGCAGAGCGGAGGAGGAUUGCUCGCGAGGCGAAGGAAGCUGCGGCGUUGGCUGCAGCGGCAGCUGAUACUGGUGGCUAUGCCAUCACUGCCGUCUCGUCCUUUGUCAAGUCGGCGGCGCUGGCGAGAGAGACGCCCGCCGCUCGGGCCCGUCUCGAAGCCGCCGUCAUUCCUCGCAUGCCAGAGCUCGAGGCCUACGCCCCGGCAAAGUCCAACGUCGACUGGCGCUCCACCGCUCCGCCCAUCCCGCGCUCCGCGCCUCCAGGCAACAUCGCUGCUCGCCCGCGCCCGCUGCCCUUUAUCCGCACAAACACCAUCCCGGCCGUCCGCAAGCGCGAGCGGAUGAACGCCAUCAUGGAGGAGGUCUACCGCGCCACAAAGCGGCCCAAGCGGAGCUCGCGCAAGACUGCUGUCACAGAGCCUGCCUCUCCUGCCACUGCUGCCUCACCGCCUCCGCUCGAUGUCGACGCCGUCCCGCUCGUCGUCGACCCGGCCACUGACUCCGGCUCGCCUGAUGACCCCGAGUCGUCCGACGACGACCUCGCCGCCUGGGAUGCUGUCCACACUGUUGACCGCCCCUCGGACGGGCUCUCACUUCGCAUCGGCGACGCCGUCGCCAUCCGCGCAGACCCCGCCUCGUCGCUCGAGUAUCACGCCGUCAUCGCAGGCUUUACCUGGAACCUCGAUGCCAUCUACGUCGUUUGGCUCCGCCGCCGCGCUGCUGCGGCUGUCUCCGCUGCGCCCGGCCCGCCGCUUUCGGCCUUUUACGACCUCGCCGAGCUCGACCCGGCUCCACAGCCGUUCGAUGCCGUCGUCAGCUGCCUCGGCUUUUCCGCCCAUCUCCCCUUUGACCUCAUCCGCGCCGCCCGCGCCGCCGCGCUCAUCACCGCCGACGCCGACGCCGACGCCGACGCUGACGCCGCCGCCGUCUCGCCGGCCCUACAGGCCGACGACAGCCUUGCCCGCCUCGCUCUCGUCUCGUCGCUCGCCGUAGCUCAAGCAUGA